GGUCCGGAAUGUUUAUUUCCGGUGAAACGCGGUACGAAGUUGACAUAGACGCAGAUCUAUAUAGAUCAGUGAAACAUAAUUGCAGAUCCGAAAUAUAGAAAAAUGAGUCAAAAUCCGCCUCCACAUACGACAGCAGUGCAGCUGGUAGAGAGUAACAGCCGGCCGUGUGGUGUCCAGUUGGUUAGCACCGCCAGAACAAACAAGAAUGCAGACCCAAUGGACUUGGUGGAGCUGGCCACAACUAUUCAAAAGGCUGAUGAGUUUGUCAAAGCCACAGCAGGUAGCAAACUGACAGAAAUCGCCAACCAGAUCCGGUACCUUCAGGAAAGGGCCCGAAAGGCUCUAGAGGAAGCUAACAGAGACAACAAGCUCCACCACUACGCCUGUAACCUCGUCAAGAAACCAGGCACCACUUACUAUCUGUAUGAGCGAGAUUCCGGACAAAAGUACAUGUCCAUUUUAUCUCCAGAGGAAUGGGGUGCUUCUUGUCCCCACGUGUUUUCUGGAGCAUAUCGACUGGAGCAUGACAUGUCCUGGACACCCAUAGAGGAAGUGGAGGAACGAAGUCAACAGUUUGCCCUGAUAGACAAAAUAUUAGACACUCGUAAAGCCCUGCCGGACAAAGAUAGCCCAACGAUAAGCAGUGUGCUGGGAGAGAAAUCCUAGUCUGGUGUGUGGAGGAGGCUCCUGUGUGGUGAAAUGAUGAAUGGGUUAAGUGUAUGGAAGGGAGACGAUGAAUGAAUGACAGUGAUUGCGAGAUGACUUCUGUUUUCUUCCUGUGGAAAGGAAAUAUUAGAAACUGAGCACCAGUAUCCAGUGUUAGGCUGAAACACUUGUAUUAUUCUAAUCACAUGGUAAAUGAACACAUGUACAUGUUCUAAUUACACUAACAUUCUUGAUACUUUAUAAUUUAUAACAUUGUAUAGUCCAUAAGACCAAAGAAAGGUUUUCUUGACAAGCUUGUUCUUGAUGCAAGAGAAAAACAUCUUCACAAAUGUAAUACAGAAUUGCAAUACAUUUUAUGUUUAUAAGGGGUAAUCUUUAUACCAGUAUAUUUGUAAUUUUUUAAUACUUUGUGAUCUCUGACUCUCUAAGGGCAUGCACGAUUAUAUUGGUGAUAUAUUAUCUUGCUACAAGAACUUACAUAUUGUAUGAUUAUGUGUAUGUUGAAUCAUUUUAAUAACAAUACUUUAUUGGAGUUAACAGUGAUUUUUUUAAUUGUAUAUUUAUUUUAUGCAAAUGGAAUAAUUCAUUAUUGAUAUUAAUUGUAUUUUAUGCUAAUAUUAUUUUACUGCAAUGUUAUAAAAACAAGUGUGUACACCAUCAGGUUCCUAUCAGAAUGUUUAUUCAUCUGCGGAAGAGCUUUUCUAAUUGUCUUCAUUAAUCAAAUAUGAAAAAAAUAAAAAGACUUGCCCUCUUA